AUGGCCACGUUAAACUUCGCGCCAUUCAACUAUGGAGCUGAGACAUGGGAGUCGUACACGGCUCGAUUUGAAUGCUUCCUGGUCGCACACGACCUGACCGAGCUGACAGAUGAGAGGAAAUGCGCGUUUUUCUUGUCCGUGUGUGGCUCAGACGUUUUCCACACAGCCAGAGCUCUGACAGCUCCUGACCCUAUAAAGGCCGUUCCGUGGCCUGAGCUAAUGGCCAAACUGAAGAGCCAUUAUGCUCCGUCCCUGUCUAAGAUAGCCAGCCGGCACGCCUUCCAUCAGCGAAGCCAAGCUGAGGGGGAGUCCGUGAGUGCCUACGUUGCUGCCUUACGAUCCGCCGCCCUGCACUGCGAGUUCCGGGACUUAGAUGAAGCUCUUCUCGACCGUUUAGUGUGUGGUCUCCGCGACCUCAAACUACAGAAGAGGCUUCUAACGAAGUCAGACUUGUCGUUCCAGAAAGCCUUCGACGAAGUGCGGGCCUCCGAAAUAGCUGCUGCCUCGCUAGCCACCAUCGCGAAGACCCGGGCUGCCAACUUCGCGCAGCCUGCCAAUGCCUUUAACACAGUGACCAGUCAGUCAGACUCGGAAGGCGAAGAUUCCGAUGCUGAAACGUAUAAUGAGGACAUCAACCGCCUUGACGAGGCGAGCAGAAAGAGCUGGCAGCGGCAGAAGAGCAGACCUAAAUCUGCAUGUAGUGGUUGCGGAGGUAACCACGAAAGAGCUGAGUGCAGAUUCAGGCAAGCUCUCUGCCAGCGCUGUGGCAGAAAGGGUCACAUCGCCCGAGUAUGCCGAGCAGCACAGCCCAUGUCCUUUUCCGAGUCACAGACCGAGCGGUCGCGGCCACAUCGUCCCAGAACAGAGGGCUCCAAGAAAGCGAGAGUGGACUGCCAUUCCAUUCUCCGCAACGCGCACCAUGGCCUCUCGUGCAACCAACUUCAGAGGAAAAUUCAAUUGAAGGUCAUGGUGGAAGGGAAGCCCUGCGAGAUGGAGCUCAACACCGGCUCUGCCACAUCUAUCGUGUCGUGGAGCACCAUCAAACGCAUCGUGCCAAAGCUUUCUAAACGCCAGCUAAACGAUUGCCAUCUCACGCUGAGAGACUAUCAGGGCAACCUGAUCCCAAUAAUUGGCACCCGCAAGGUCAGAGUGCAAUUCAAGGGGUUUGAUGGCCGUCUACCCCUCAUCGUAGUCGACGGACGGUUACCCAGCCUUCUCGGCCUCGACUGGUUCCAGUCCCUGGGUCUGCAGAUCAGCGGAAUUCACCACCUCAGCUCCAACGCACUCGACUGCCUGGUCAACGAGUUCCCUGACGUUUUUGAUGGCAAAUUGGGUAAAUACACUGGCACGCCGGUCUCCUUUAACCUCGACCCGUCCGUACAGCCAGUGCGGAUGAAGCCUCGCCGGGUGCCCAUCGCCCUCAAACCAAAAGUAGACGCUGAGUUGGACAAAUUAGUGGCUCAAGGCAUUUUGGAGCCAGUGGACCAUGCUAGAUGGGAAACACCCAUUGUGCUACCCAUCAAACCAGAUGGCAGUGUGAGGAUUUGUGCUGACUACCGCUGCUCAAUCAACUGCGCUUUGCCUGCCCACGCAUACCCAGUACCAGUGGUUCAACAUCUGCUGCACACUUUGGGCGAGGGGACUGUGUUCGCGAAGCUCGACCUCGCCCAAGCCUAUCAACAGCUGGUCGUGGACGAUGAAGCAGCUGAAGCACAGACAAUUGUCACGCACCGGGGUGCAUUCCGUUGCCGGAGACUGCAGUUUGGGGUCAGCAUUGCCCCGGGACUGUUCCAGAGCUUAAUGGAAAGGCUGCUCCAAGGACUGCAAGGCGUCGUCCCCUAUUUCGACGACGUCCUUGUGUCAGCCACCUCCAUGGAGGAACUCAUGGCACGUUUGCGCAUGGUUCUCCAGAGAUUCCAGAAAGUGGGUCUGAAGGUUAAGAGAGACAAAUGCCAGGUUGCGGUAUCCCAGAUAGAAUUCUUAGGGUUCCUCAUCGAUGGCAAGGGCAUCCACCCCACGGCUGCCAAAACCAAAGCCAUCGUUGAGGCCCCUGCUCCAAAAAACAGAGCUGAAUUACAGGCCUUUUUAGGCCUACUUAAUUUUUACGCUGUCUUCCUUCCCCACAAGGCGACAGUCGCUGAGCCACUGCAUCGCCUCCUUGACUCGGGUGCCCCUUGGGUGUGGGGCCGCCGGGAAGCCUCCGCGUUCUUAGCAGUCAAGCACCUGCUUGUUUCCAACGAUGUGCUAGUGCAGUACAGCGAGCACUUGCCCCUUGUGCUCGCUUGUGACGCUUCACCCUAUGGGGUGGGCGCCGUCCUGUCCCAUCAGUUACCCAGCGGAGCAGAGGUGCCAGUUGCCUAUUUUUCCCGCACGCUCUCUGCCGCUGAACGUAACUAUGCCCAAAUUGAUAAAGAGGCUCUUGCCAUUGUGGCUGGGGUGCGCCGGUUCCACCAUUACUUGUACGGCCGCCCAUUCCAAAUUGUCACCGAUCACAAGCCCCUGCUCGGGCUGCUGGCUGGAGAUCGCCCUGCCCCACAGGUUCUUUCCCCACGCAUGACCCGCUGGUUUGUGUUCCUGGCCUCCUACGAUUAUCAGCUGCAACACAGACCAGGGAAGCAGAUCGCCCACGCCGAUGCUCUCAGCCGUUGCCCCCUGCCAGAGGCCGUGGACGACCCUGCUGCUGCCGCGCCUGUCUUCCUAAUUGACGACCUCAACCUUCCUCUCUCUGCCGCCGACAUCGCCCGGGAGUCCGCAAGGGAUCAGGGUCAGGCUCCUCGACGGCAGAGUCUGGAAACGCCAUUGCGACCAGUUGCGGAGCAGGCACCAACCACCAACAAGCCAGCAGCAGUCAACCGUUCUGCCAACCCCGACGGGCACGCCGACCGACGCAGAGCAAGGAAACGAGGAGGUCAGCCGAGAUCCAGCAGCCUCAGUCCCAAACCGAAGCGGCGACUUACCUGGUGGGCCAGCACCAUCCUGCGUUCUCCGGCGGCCCAGGCGAUCGCCGUCAUCCGAUGCAGAGUCCUCGGUCGAACAGCCAGAGCCUUCAAGCGAAGCAGAAGGGCCUAG